GAGCAGGGCCCGGUUCCGCGGUCCCUUUAAGGCCGGAGCGGCGGCGCGGUGCCGAACUAUGGUGGUGCUGCCGGGCGGUGCGGCGGCGGGGCGCGGUUCCCUGGAGCCCUUCCCGAGGAUUGAGGACUGCCUGCCGCCGCUGGAGAGCUCCCCGUCCAAACGCUUCUCUCCCUCCAAGCGGAAGCAGUACUACAUCAACAAGGCCAUCCGCAACUCUGACCUCAUCCCUAAAGCCAAGGGGCGCAAGAGCCUGCAGAGGCUGGAGAACACUCGCUACCUGAUGUCGCUCCUGGAGCGAGAUGAAUGUGGCAGCAAUGAGGCAGAGCUCGCCCACUCUGCCACCCCAAGCAUCUUCACUGAGGCUUGCAGCAACGAGACCUACGUGGAGAUCUGGAAUGACUUCAUGAACCGGUCAGGAGAAGAGCAAGAGCGUGUCCUGCUUUACCUGGAGGAGGAGGCCAGGAAGAAGCAGAAGAGGAAGCUCUCCAGGCCCUUGAAGGAGAAAGAGAAGUGGAAAGAGCACCCUGCCUACACACCCAAGGAGUGCUUUCAGCGCAUCAGCCGCCGCCUGCGCUCCACCCUGAAGCGAGGCAGGAUCCCUAUGGGGAUGCUGGAGUGCCUGGAGGAGGAGCUGCUAACCUUCUUUUCUGUCACUCCACAUUCUGUGUACACUGCACUGAUGGACAACAGCUUUGAGCGACUCCUGCUCCACGCACUCUGCCAGUACAUGGACCUCGUCUCUGCCAGUUCGGAUAUCGAAGGGAAACGCCAAAUGAAAGUGAGCAACAAGCACCACGUCUUCCUGCCCCCAGAGCUGCUGCUGUCGGACUACCUGGAGCAGUUCAGCUGACAGCAAAGGGCUGCCCUGCCCCACGCUCAGCACGCUGAAGGCUUUGCUUGCCCACUGAUGGUCUCUGUGGGCACUGCUCCUUGUGACCUGCACAUGGGGCUCGUCCCUUCCCCGCUGCGUGGGCUGAGCCUCCCCGUGGGCACUGCAGUGUGUUGUGGGGCUGAAGAUGGGUCCUGGAAGGAGCCACACUUCCUGGCCCUGUCCAUAUGCCCACAGCCCGUGUGCUUUUAAUGAUGCCAAGCCCGUGGCAUGCUGCUGGGCUGGAUGCUUCUGGGCUCAGCCAGCGGAAGAGCCUCGGGACUGUGGGACAGCCCCGUGUGUGGCUGCCACGGAGGUGUCAGAACACAGCCCUGAGGCAGUGCUGGAGCUGGCUGUCCGCAGCCCCGGCUGCAUGGAGCAGGGCUGUUUUUAAAUGUAUCAUAGCUGUGUUUUUAUGCGUGUGUUUGUACGUGUGGGGGAGGGAGGGAGGGGGAAGGGAGAAGUGCUGUCCCCAGGUGAGUGGUGUGUGCAGCUGCCUGCAGCAGGCCGGGCCGUGAGCACCGAUGGUGCACUGUGUUUGUGUGUGUGUGUCAGAAAGGGGCGGCAUUGACGGCGGGGCAAUAAAAGUGUUGGUC